AUGGAUAACCUCGAGUUCUGCGGACUUUCCAAGAGAGGCGUUGACAAUGUCGCAGAAAUAUGGCCCGGCAUCAAGAAAGCGGCCAAUACACGUGAGAAAGAUCGAGUAAACUCGCAAGAACAAUCUCUAUCUAUCGAUAUGGCUACAUCUGAGAACUGGGUCUUGCGGCAGGAGCUUGUCCAGCUUUAUAAAGAUGCUAUUCAAAAUGGUCUCACAAGUCAACAUCUCUCGUACCCGGAUGGUUUCAACGGCGACGUACGCUUGGUGGAUGCUCUGGUCCAGUUUCUCAACUCUUAUUUUUCGCCACUCAUUCCGGUUCAGGGAUCCCAUAUUGCGACUGCUCCAGGAGCAGCCUUCGCUCUCGACGCAUUGCUUUUCAAUAUCUGUGACCCAGGUGAUGGCCUUCUUAUUGCUAGCCCGGCCUGGAAUGGGUUCAAUUGGUUGAUUGGAGUCCGUUCAGGGGUCAAGCCGAUCUUUGUCCAACUCGAAAAUCUUGACGACGCUAUCUCCCCCAAGAUCAUCCUCGCCCUUGAAGACGCUCUUCAUAAGUCUAUCGCGCCGAUCAAAGGGCUGCUACUCGCUAAUCCAAAUAACCCUCUGGGAACCUGCUACCCAGAAGAGGUGUUGAAAUCAAUUAUCAGAUUCUGCCACGAGAAGAAGAUACACCUGAUCUCGGAUGAGAUAUAUGCCAUGUCAGGAUUCGAGAAUCCAGACCACCCGGAUCCUGUACCAUUCGUGUCCCUCUUGCAGAUAGAUGUCAAGGGAAUGGGGUGCGACCUCUCCCGGAUGCAUGCUGUUUGGAGCACGAGUAAAGACUUAGGAUCGAGCGGCCUACGGGUGGGAUGCUGCAUAACACAAGACAAUGGGGCUCUGGCGACCGGACUUGCGUUGACGUCAAAUACACAGGUUUCCUCACUUGCGGCCGUGGCUACUGCCGCAUUGCUGACUUCUUCCGAGCUGCCCCGACUGCUCAAGUUGAACGCAGAGCGCUUGAGCGAGUCAUAUCUCAAGAUCCGUGACGUGUUGAAGAAAUACUGCAUCGAUCAUAUACCCACGAGCAGAAGUCCGUACGUCUUCGCCAAGAUCGCACCCAACUUAGAGACGUGGGAAGAAGAGGACGUGAUUAUUAAGAUCUUUAGAAGUGAAGGCCUCCAAAUCUCGAUGGCCAGGAGUUACCAUGUACCCGAGAACGAGAAGGGAUGGACACGGCUUAAUUUCGCGCUCGAACCCUCGAAACUGGACGAGGCAUUGACACGAUUGGACCGUGGGAUCUUGCGUAUAUCACAAAGAGGACGGACUACAGCAACCUAG